AUGAUCGCAACCGAAGAUGCCGUUAAGCACGCUAUUCUCGCUCUCGUUGGAGGAUACGUGCUUGACUAUGUGCACAAGGAUGACCUGCGAAAAAGAACGAAUGCGCAUUAUCGCAAGGCCACAGAAUUGAUCACUGCAGGCCUGGCGAGGCCCGAAGCACAUGCUGUUUCAAAAUCAGAGGGCAUUGUCGCAGCCAUAUUGCUGCUUCUUGUUGACGACUGCGUUAACUGGGAGCUCCGAAAGCCCAAAGGGGAAACUCCAAACUGGUAUAAGGGGGCGCAUCUGGCCAAAGCCAUCCUUGAUCAUUCUGACCCCGGUUACCGCUACUGGAAAGUUACUAACGUUCAGUGUGACAAAGCCUGGCUGGCCAAUGCCAAUUGGGCCUCCCUGGCAUGUGUUCUUGCGGAACCCGUUACGCCCCUCCAGUUACGAGAGAACGACCGCCGCUUUGGAUGGCUGCUGGAGGGCACCGAAAGGGAAGUUCGUACCAUUCAUGGAGGCACUGGCCUCUCACCAAAGCUGCUGCACAUAUUUGCCCAGAUAACACAUAUAUCAGCAAGAAUGAUAGCGAAUCCUCAUUCAAUUGUUACACCAAUUGGCGCGUUGAAAAUUGAGGAAAUGUUGCAUGACUUCCGACAGAGGUCAGAACUUUCAGAGGGAUAUGCCACGACUGAUGCCCUCCUUGAAUCCUGCAUCCUCGACGUUGACGGAAAGGUGAAUACGGCAACCAAAGUCACUGAAUUGACCGGGGAAACUUGGGUUUGGGCAGCAAAAAUAUAUUUGCACUGUCGCUUCUUCCGGAAACCGCGCCGCCACCCAGAUGUCUGCGCGGCGUUAAAGACACUGAUGACAUGUGUGCAGCGGAUGCCCUACAACGGAGCACUCUUCACUUCUCAGGCUCCAUUCUUCUGCGUCUUUAUCAUGUCGCUAGUUUCAUAUCAACAGCAUGACCGAGAUGUAGCCAGGAAUUGGUUUGAGACGGUUCUCUUAGCUGCCAGCUGUCGAUCAAGCGUGCCACCAGUCUGGGAAGCUGUCCAGGUAUUGUGGGAAUGGAUGGAUGCCGAACUUGUGGAUGAGGAUAAUUUCGAUAAUGCUGUUCCUAUUGGAGAGCGGAGGGCAUGGUGGGAAGAUAUGGUGGCGUAUCUUCUCGACAAGGUGGGAUGGGCUUCCAGCAGCCGUCCAUAG